CUUUGGCGCUUCCGUAUGACAUUUUGGAGGAUAUUUAGGCAUAUCGGGAAUUAUUAAAAGGUACAUCUUGUUUUGCUGUACUCGCAUGACAUAGCAUACAGUAGGGAUAUCAACUAGAAGUGCAUAAAUGAAAGGGAUUUAAGUGAGGUGUCCAAUAUUCAAAGGCAUGUCAGAGGCGAACACCAUUUCACAAGGCUCGAAUGGUACGUCAUUGCCACGAGCGUCAGGGAGUAGUGAUGUGCUUAAUGGAAGUGAUGAGAAUACAGAGGGCACUGCAAAAAAAGCUUCAGAAGGCAGUGAUAAUGAAACGGAAAGUGUCAGUAGCACACAGACCACAACACAAGACGAUCCAACAGACCGUGGCGUCAUCAAAGCCGAACCGAAGUUUGAACUAGAUGGCGAGAAGGAAAUCUCCAAUCCUGAGACCGAUACAUGUCAGACAGAACAGAAUGCAUCAACACCAGUACCAGAGGCACAGAGCGAGGCGAUUGAUUCCUGUGGCAACAGUGUAGACAGCGAGUCUGUAGACGGGGUUCAGCUCCCUGUCAAAGUGGAGACAACCACAGCUGAGUGUGAACUAAAGAAACUUGAGAAAGAAGACGAUGAAAAGCAGAUACUGUUUGAUGAACAAUCUAAAGAUCCCCCACUGGAAAGCCCAACCACAGACCCCCCAAGUCCACAUGGAGGAGUAGAGGAUGUUCCACGUGGAGGAGUAGAGAAUGUUCCAGGUGGAGGAGUGGAGGAUGUUCCAGGUCGAGGAGUAGAGGAUGUUCCACGUGGAGGAGUAGAGGAUGUUCCACGUGGAGGAGUAGAGGAAGUUCCAGGUGGAGGAGUAGAGGAAGUUCCACUUGGAGGAGUGGAGGAUGUUCCAGGUGGAGGAGUGGAAGAUGUUCCAGAUGGGAGAACAAACUAUUCCAGCGGACUAAAUCAACCUGAGAAGGAAGGUAAUUCUACAAAGUUCAUGCUUAUUGGUAUCCUGGGCCUUGUACUAAGCAUCUGCUGUGCAGUCUUGUUACAACCCAAGUCUGCACCUGAGAAGGUGGAGGUCAAUCGGGUAGACGUCUUCCUCAAGGAGAUGGACAGAGUUAAGGUCCAGUUUCCCGGCCAACACCUUGAGCUUUGGAGAAGGAGCAAAAUACACCUGAAAAAACACCUCCAGACAGCCCAUCCCAAAGAGCCAGCCAGCCUGAUCCUGACUGCGGGCCGCAGGGCUAAAAGGACGCUGCACUGCCUGGCCCAGGGUCUGGCCUCCGCCCUCUCCUCUGCCCUCAACGGCUCCGUCCUCCAGAUCGACGGAGACAGCAUGGCUGGCCAGGACAGCAACCAGGUCAAGUUCGACAUCGACGACAAGCUCCGGCGCGCCUUCGAGGGGGACAAGCCCGUGGCCGUCAUCCACCGCUUCGAGGAGCUGCCUCCGGGCUCCACCAUCAUCUUCUACCGCUACUGCGACCACGAGAACGCGGCCUACAAGCGGGCCUCGCUGAUCUUCACCGUGCUGCUGGAAGGGAAGGAGGAGGUGUCGGCCAGCCUGGGGCUCAGUGCCGUGGAGGAGAUGGUCGACGACCACCUCAAGGACAAGUUCCUCUCCUCAGACCACCCGGCUUCCUUCGACAGCAUGGACACGGACAAGUUAAGUGGACUGUGGAGCCGCAUCUCCCACCUCAUCCUGCCAGUGGCAGCAGAGGAGAGGAUAGAGCAGCAUGGGUGUGGAGGGACUUAAAGCUCUUCACCAUCUAAAGCCUAUUUCUACAAACUGCUGAUACCGGAUGAUCAACCUAAAGGGAGUUGCAAUAUUUUAAUGAUUUAUGUUUCAUUUUCAUUUUAUAUAGGCUAUUGGCCAAGGCCUUCAUACACACUGCACUCUGUGCUAGGACAUAUGGAAGAUGGGUGCUUGAGAGACAACAUGCACUACUCUACCUAUUUAUUAACAUUUUAUGUGGAGGUGUAUUAUAUCAUUAUGAUCUCAGCACUUGAAGUUGUAAACACGAUUUAUUGUUGGGCCUUGCACUUUAAUUCUUAAGUCUUCUUCAAAUAACUAAGACACAUUUCUCCACCCAAAGAGAAAGUGUGCUUACCAACUUAUAGUUUCUCAGUUGAUGUGUUUCUUGAGACAGGAUGACAAUUAAUAAUGUGAUUUUUUUAAAUGUAUGUGGCGAUUGUUAUUCUGUUGAAUUGAGUAUAACAGCAAAAUUAAUUUUCUUCACCAUGGGCUGAAUUCAUUGACAUAACUAUGUGCCUUAAAUUGAAACGAAAAUAAACUGUUUAACACAAAACUUGCAUGUUUCAUUGAUGAGGUAACGGCUGUAGGCUGCCAAAGACAAUCUUCUGAGCAACUUUGACUCGACCUUUAAUAAAGACCUACACGUAUUUUUCCAAUAAUAGUUUCCGUACUUUUCAUUGGCUAAAAUAAGGAUUUUAAAGCAAAACAUUUUGUUGAGAAAACUCAAUAAAAUCAUUUGCAGCCUAAUCGUUUUCCUGAUCUCUUUUUGUUUGAAACUGAAAUUCGCCUUGUGAGAACCGUACAGACGCAAGUCACCUGGCAUCAUCACUUUGGCCGACUCCUCCUCUCCCCCCUGCGGUUCAUCAGCUCUUUACUCUCCGUCUCUGAGGAGUCAAGGGCGGUAUUAUUGUGGACUUACUUGCAAGGAGAUGCAAACACAUGGGACUGCACCUGAUUUGAACCAGGGCAUCGCAUUUUACCUUAAACAUUUGGCAUGAAACAGGACAUGCCACGGCGAUCUGCAAAUCUGUCUUUU